AUGGGGCCGGGGGCCCGGGGCCGUCGCCGCCGCCGUCGCCCGAUGUCGCCGCCACCGCCACCGCCACCCGUGCGGGCGCUGCCCCUGCUGCUGCUGCUAGCGGGGCCUGGGGCUGCAGCCCCCCCUUGCCUGGACGGAAGCCCGUGUGCAAAUGGAGGUCGUUGCACCCAGCUGCCCUCCCGGGAGGCUGCCUGCCUGUGCCCGCCUGGCUGGGUGGGUGAGCGGUGUCAGCUGGAGGACCCCUGUCACUCAGGCCCCUGUGCUGGCCGUGGUGUCUGCCAGAGUUCAGUGGUGGCUGGCACCGCCCGAUUCUCAUGCCGGUGCCCCCGUGGCUUCCGAGGCCCUGACUGCUCCCUGCCAGAUCCCUGCCUCAGCAGUCCUUGUGCCCAUGGUGCCCGCUGCUCAGUGGGGCCCGAGGGACGCUUCCUCUGCUCCUGUCCACCUGGCUACCAGGGCCGCAGCUGCCGAAGUGACGUGGAUGAGUGCCGGGUGGGUGAGCCCUGCCGCCAUGGUGGCACCUGCCUCAACACGCCUGGCUCUUUCCGCUGCCAGUGUCCAGCUGGCUACACGGGGCCUCUAUGUGAGAACCCCGCGGUGCCCUGUGCGCCCUCGCCAUGCCGUAACGGGGGCACCUGCAGGCAGAGUGGCGACCUCACUUACGACUGCGCCUGUCUUCCUGGGUUUGAGGGUCAGAAUUGUGAAGUGAACGUGGACGACUGUCCAGGACACCGAUGUCUCAAUGGGGGGACAUGCGUGGAUGGCGUCAACACCUAUAAUUGCCAGUGCCCUCCUGAGUGGACAGGCCAGUUCUGCACAGAGGACGUGGAUGAGUGUCAGCUGCAACCCAAUGCCUGCCACAAUGGGGGUACCUGCUUCAACACGCUGGGUGGCCACAGCUGCGUGUGUGUCAAUGGCUGGACAGGCGAGAGCUGCAGUCAGAAUAUCGAUGACUGUGCCACAGCCGUGUGCUUCCACGGGGCCACCUGCCAUGACCGCGUGGCUUCUUUCUACUGUGCCUGCCCCAUGGGCAAGACUGGCCUCCUGUGUCACCUGGAUGACGCCUGUGUCAGCAACCCCUGCCACGAGGAUGCUAUCUGUGACACGAAUCCGGUGAACGGCCGGGCCAUUUGCACCUGUCCGCCCGGUUUCACGGGUGGGGCGUGUGACCAGGAUGUGGACGAGUGCUCUAUCGGCGCCAACCCCUGCGAGCACUUGGGCAGGUGCGUGAACACGCAGGGCUCCUUCCUGUGCCAGUGCGGCCGUGGCUACACUGGACCUCGCUGUGAGACCGACGUCAACGAGUGUCUGUCGGGGCCCUGCCGCAACCAGGCCACGUGCCUUGAUCGCAUAGGCCAGUUCACCUGUAUCUGUAUGGCAGGCUUCACAGGAACCUAUUGCGAGGUGGACAUUGACGAGUGUCAGAGUAGCCCCUGUGUCAACGGUGGGGUCUGCAAGGACCGAGUCAACGGCUUCAGCUGCACCUGCCCCUCAGGCUUCAGCGGCUCCACGUGUCAGCUGGACGUGGACGAAUGCGCCAGCACACCCUGCAGGAAUGGCGCCAAGUGCGUGGACCAGCCUGAUGGCUACGAGUGCCGCUGUGCUGAGGGCUUUGAGGGCAUGCUGUGUGAGCGUAACGUGGAUGACUGCUCCCCUGACCCAUGCCACCAUGGUCGCUGCGUGGAUGGCAUUGCCAGCUUCUCAUGUGCCUGUGCCCCUGGCUACACGGGCACACGCUGCGAGAGCCAGGUGGACGAAUGCCGUAGCCAGCCCUGCCGCCAUGGCGGCAAAUGCUUAGACCUGGUGGACAAGUACCUCUGCCGCUGCCCUUCUGGGACUACAGGUGUGAACUGCGAAGUGAACAUUGACGACUGUGCCAGCAACCCCUGCAGCUUUGGAGUCUGCCGUGAUGGUAUCAACCGCUACGACUGUGUCUGCCAACCUGGCUUCACAGGGCCCCUUUGUAAUGUGGAGAUCAAUGAGUGUGCUUCCAGCCCGUGCGGCGAGGGAGGUUCCUGCGUGGAUGGGGAAAACGGCUUCCGCUGCCUCUGCCCACCCGGCUCCUUGCCCCCACUCUGCCUCCCCCCGAGCCAUCCCUGUGCCCAUGAGCCCUGCAGUCACGGCAUCUGCUAUGAUGCACCUGGCGGGUUCCGCUGUGUGUGUGAGCCUGGCUGGAGUGGCCCCCGCUGCAGCCAGAGCCUGGCUGGAGAUGCCUGUGAGUCCCAGCCCUGCCGGGCCGGUGGGACGUGCAGCAGCGAUGGAAUGGGUUUCCACUGCACCUGCCCCCCUGGUGUCCAGGGACGUCAGUGUGAGCUCCUCUCCCCCUGCACCCCGAACCCCUGUGAGCAUGGGGGCCGCUGCGAGUCUGCCCCUGGCCAGCUGCCUGUCUGCUCCUGCCCCCAGGGCUGGCAAGGCCCACGAUGCCAGCAGGAUGUGGACGAGUGUGCUGGCCCCGCACCCUGUGGCCCUCAUGGCAUCUGCACCAACCUGGCAGGGAGUUUCAGCUGCACCUGCCAUGGAGGGUACACUGGCCCUUCCUGCGAUCAGGACAUCAAUGACUGUGACCCCAACCCAUGCCUGAACGGUGGCUCGUGCCGAGACGGCGUGGGCUCCUUUUCCUGCUCCUGCCUCCCUGGUUUCGCCGGCCCACGAUGCGCCCGCGACGUGGACGAGUGCCUGAGCAACCCCUGCGGCCCGGGCACCUGCACCGACCACGUGGCCUCCUUCACCUGCACCUGCCCGCCUGGCUACGGAGGCUUCCACUGUGAACAGGACCUGCCCGACUGCAGCCCCAGCUCCUGUUUCAAUGGCGGGACCUGCGUGGACGGCGUGAACUCGUUCAGCUGCCUAUGCCGUCCUGGCUACACAGGAGCCCACUGCCAACAUGAGGCAGACCCUUGCCUCUCGCGCCCCUGCCUGCACGGGGGCGUCUGCAGCGCCGCCCACCCAGGCUUUCGCUGCACCUGCCCCCAGAGCUUCACAGGCCCGCAGUGCCAGACGCUGGUGGAUUGGUGCAGCCGCCAGCCUUGUCAAAAUGGGGGUCGCUGCGUCCAGACUGGGGCCUAUUGCCUUUGUCCCCCGGGAUGGAGCGGACGUCUCUGUGACAUCCGAAGCCUGCCCUGCAGGGAGGCCGCAGCCCAGAUCGGGGUGCGGCUGGAGCAGCUGUGUCAGGCGGGUGGGCAAUGUGUGGAUGAAGACAGCUCCCACUACUGCGUGUGCCCAGAGGGCCGUACUGGUAGCCACUGUGAGCAGGAGGUGGACCCUUGCUUGGCCCAGCCCUGCCAGCAUGGGGGGACGUGCCGUGGCUAUAUGGGGGGCUACAUGUGUGAGUGUCUUCCUGGCUACAAUGGUGAUAACUGUGAGGACGACGUGGACGAAUGUGCCUCCCAGCCCUGCCAGCAUGGGGGUUCAUGCAUUGACCUCGUGGCCCGCUAUCUCUGCUCCUGUCCCCCAGGAACGCUGGGCGUGCUCUGUGAGAUUAAUGAGGAUGACUGCGGCCCAGGCCCACCCUUGGACUCAGGGCCCCGGUGCCUACACAAUGGCACCUGUGUGGACCUGGUGGGUGGUUUCCGCUGCACCUGUUCCCCGGGAUACACUGGUUUGCGCUGCGAGGCAGACAUCAAUGAGUGUCGCUCAGGUGCCUGCCACGCGGCACACACCCGGGACUGCCUGCAGGACCCAGGCGGGGGUUUCCGUUGUCUUUGUCAUGCUGGCUUCUCAGGUCCUCGCUGUCAGACUGUCCUGUCUCCCUGCGAGUCUCAGCCAUGCCAGCAUGGAGGCCAGUGCCGUCCUAGCCCGGGUCCUGGGGGUGGGCUGACCUUCACCUGUCACUGUGCCCAGCCGUUCUGGGGUCCGCGCUGCGAGCGGGUGGCGCGCUCCUGCCGGGAGCUGCAGUGCCCGGUGGGCGUCCCAUGCCAGCAGACGCCCCGCGGACCACGCUGCGCCUGCCCCCCAGGGUUGUCGGGGCCCUCCUGCCGCAGCUUCUCGGGGUCGCCGCCGGGGGCCAGCAACGCCAGCUGCGCGGCCGCCCCCUGUCUCCACGGGGGCUCCUGCCGCCCCGCGCCGCUAGCGCCCUUCUUCCGCUGCGCUUGCGCGCAGGGUUGGACCGGGCCGCGCUGCGAGGCGCCCGCCGCGGCACCCGAAGUCUCGGAGGAGCCGCGGUGCCCGCGCGCCGCCUGCCAGGCCAAGCGCGGGGACCAGCGCUGCGACCGCGAGUGCAACAGCCCGGGCUGCGGCUGGGACGGCGGCGACUGCUCGCUGAGCGUGGGCGACCCCUGGCGGCAGUGCGAGGCGCUACAGUGCUGGCGCCUCUUCAACAACAGCCGCUGCGACCCCGCCUGCAGCUCGCCCGCCUGCCUCUACGACAACUUCGACUGCCACGCUGGUGGCCGCGAGCGCACUUGCAACCCGGUGUACGAGAAGUACUGCGCCGACCACUUUGCGGACGGCCGCUGCGACCAGGGCUGCAACACGGAGGAGUGCGGCUGGGAUGGGCUGGAUUGCGCCAGCGAGGUGCCGGCCCUGCUGGCCCGCGGCGUGCUGGUGCUCACAGUGCUGCUGCCGCCGGAGGAGCUACUGCGUUCCAGCGCCGACUUUUUGCAGCGGCUCAGCGCCAUCCUGCGCACCUCGCUGCGCUUCCGCCUGGACGCGCACGGCCAGGCCAUGGUCUUCCCUUACCACCGGCCCAGUCCUGGCUCCGAAUCCCGGGCCCGUCGGGAGCUGGCCCCUGAGGUGAUCGGGUCGGUAGUGAUGCUGGAGAUUGACAACAGGCUCUGCCUGCAGUCGCCUGAGAAUGAUCACUGCUUCCCCGAUGCCCAGAGCGCUGCUGACUACCUGGGAGCGCUAUCAGCGGUGGAGCGCCUGGACUUCCCGUACCCACUGCGGGAUGUGCGGGGGGAGCCUCUGGAGCCUCCAGAACCCAGCGUCCCGCUGCUGCCUCUGCUAGUGGCAGGUGCCGUCUUGCUGCUGGUCAUCCUCGUCCUGGGCGUCAUGGUGGCCCGGCGCAAGCGCGAGCACAGCACCCUCUGGUUCCCCGAGGGCUUCUCACUGCACAAGGACGUGGCCGCUGGUCACAAGGGCCGGCGGGAACCCGUGGGCCAAGAUGCGCUGGGCAUGAAGAACAUGGCCAAGGGUGAGAGCCUGAUGGGAGAGGUGGCCACAGACUGGAUGGACACAGAGUGCCCAGAGGCCAAGCGGCUGAAGGUACUGCCCCCUCUUCUGAGCUUUGCCCCCUCCUCUGGCCCCUCCCCUCAGGGGAAGUCAGCCUUACACUGGGCUGCGGCUGUGAACAACGUGGAAGCCACUUUGGCCCUGCUCAAAAAUGGAGCCAAUAAGGACAUGCAGGAUAGCAAGGAGGAGACCCCUCUGUUCCUGGCCGCCCGCGAGGGCAGCUACGAGGCUGCCAAGCUGCUGUUGGACCACUUUGCCAACCGUGAGAUCACCGACCACCUGGACAGGCUGCCGCGGGAUGUAGCCCAGGAGAGACUGCACCAGGACAUCGUGCGCUUGCUGGAUCAACCCAGUGGGCCCCGCAGCCCCCCCGGUACCCACGGCCUGGGGCCUCUGCUCUGUCCUCCAGGGGCCUUCCUCCCCGGCCUCAAAGCGACACAGUCGGGGUCCAAGAAGAGCAGGAGGCCCCCUGGGAAGGCGGGGCUGGGGCCGCAGGGGCCCCGGGGGCGGGGCAAGAAGCUGACACUGGCCUGCCCGGGCCCCCUGGCUGACAGCUCGGUCACGCUGUCGCCCGUGGACUCGCUGGACUCCCCGCGGCCUUUCGGGGGGCCCCCUGCUUCCCCUAGUGGCUUCCCCCUUGAGGGGCCCUAUGCAGCUGCCACUGCCACUGCAGUGUCUCUGGCACAGCUUGGUGGCCCAGGCCGGGCGGGUCUAGGUCGCCAGCCCCCUGGAGGAUGUGUACUCAGCCUAGGCCUGCUGAACCCUGUGGCUGUCCCCCUCGACUGGGCCCGGCUGCCCCCACCUGCCCCGCCAGGCCCCUCAUUCCUGUUGCCACUGGCUCCGGGACCCCAGCUGCUCAACCCAGGGACCCCCGUCUCCCCGCAGGAGCGGCCCCCGCCUUACCUGGCAGUCCCAGGACAUGGCGAGGAGUACCCGGCGGCUGGGGCACACAGCAGCCCCCCAAAGGCCCGCUUCCUGCGGGUUCCCAGUGAGCACCCUUACCUGACCCCAUCCCCUGAAUCCCCUGAGCACUGGGCCAGCCCCUCACCACCCUCCCUCUCAGACUGGUCCGAAUCCACGCCCAGCCCAGCCACUGCCACCGGGGCCAUGGCCACCGCCACUGGGGCACUGCCUGCCCAGCCACUUCCCUUGUCUGUUCCUAGCUCCCUUGCUCAGGCCCAGACCCAGCUGGGGCCCCAGCCGGAAGUCACCCCCAAGAGGCAAGUGUUGGCCUGA